GCCAUUUCUGUUCUAAGGAUCUACCCAGCAUGUCUAAUCAAGGAGAAGACUGCUAUUUUUUUUUCUAUUCUACAUGUACCAAAGGUGACAGCUGUCAAUUUCGUCACUGUGAAGCUGCACUAGGAAAUGAAACUGUUUGCACAUUAUGGCAAGAAGGGCGCUGUUUUAGACAGGUGUGCAGGUUUCGGCAUAUGGAGAUCGAUAAAAAACGAAGUGAGAUUCCUUGUUAUUGGGAAAAUCAGCCAAUGGGAUGUCAAAAACUAAACUGCGCUUUCCAUCACAACAGAGGACGUUAUGUUGAUGGCCUUUUCCUACCUCCAAGCAAAACUCUGUUGCCCACUGUGCCUGAGUCACCAGAAGAGGAAGUGAAGGCUAGCCAGCUCACAGUUCAACAGAACAAAUUGUCUGUCCAGUCUAAUCCCUCCCCUCAGCUGCGAAGUGUUAUGAAAGUAGAAAGUUCAGAAAAUGUUCCUAGCCCCACACAUCCACCAGUUGUAAUCAAUGCUGCAGAUGAUGAUGAAGAUGAUGAUGAUCAGUUUUCUGAGGAAGGUGAUGAAGCCAAGACACCUACCCUGCAACCAACUCCUGAAGUUCAUAAUGGAUUACGAGUGGCUUCUGCCCGGAAACCUGGCGUCAAUUUAAAACAAGGUGAAUGUUUGAAUUUUGGAAUAAAAACUCUGGAGGAAAUUAAGUCAAAGAAAAUGAAGGAAAAAAAUAAGAAGCAAGGUGGUGAAGGUUCUUCAGGAGUUUCCAGUCUUUUACUCCAGCCUCAGCCCAUUCCAGGUCCUGAAAAAGAGAAUGUCCGGACUGUGGUGAGGACAGUAACUCUGUCCAACAAACAAGGAGAAGAACCCUUGGUAAGAUUGAAUCUCGCUGAUAGACUGGGGAAACGAAAAUUUUCAGUAGGUGGUGACAGCGAUCCUCCAUUAAAGCGCAGCCUUGCACAGAGGCUAGGGAAGAAAGUGGAAGCUCCAGAAACUAACACUGACAAGACAUCAAAGAAAGUUCAAGUUUCGAAGUCUCUGAAGGAGCGAUUGGGCACGUCAGCUGGUUCAAACAAUGAGGAGGCAGCAGACAGAGUUACUAAAGUUGGUGAGAUCCACGUGAAGACAUUAGAAGAAAUUCUUCUUGAAAGAGCCAGUCAAAAACGUGGAGAAUUGCAAACUAAACUCAAGACAGAAGGACCUUCAAAAGUUGAUGAUUCUACUUCUGGAACAAGAAGCUCCUCCACUGUCCGAAUCAAAACUUUCUCUGAGGUCCUGGCUGAAAAGAAGCAUCGGCAGCAGGAAGCAGAGAGACAAAAAAGCAAAAAGGAUGUAACCUGCAUCAAGCUAAAGAUUGACAGUGAAGUGAAAAAAACAGUAGUUUUGCCACCUAUCGUUGCCAGCAAAGGACAGUCGGAGGAGCCCGCAGGUAGAUGCAAGUCUAUACAGGAGGUGCAUAUCAAGACGCUGGAGGAGAUUAAACUGGAGAAGGCGCUGAGAGUGCAGCAGAGCUCUGAGAGCAGCACCAGCUCCCAGCCUCAGCCUGAGGCCGCCCCGGGGGCAAGGCGGCUUCUCCGGAUCACCAAAAAAACAGGUAUAAAAGAAGAGAAGAAACUUCAAGAAGGAAGUGAAGUUGCUUCUCAGAGCAGUGUUACUAGAACAGAGGCUAAAGAGGCUUCAGAUGAGACCACAGGAGUUGGCAUCACUAAAAUUCAAGUCAAGAGAUGUGAGACCGUGAGAGAGAAGCCCAUGCAGAAACAGCCGGAGAGGGGAACCUCACAGAAGGAAAAAUCAGUUUUGACACCCCUUCGGGGAGAUGUAGACUCUUGCAAUACCCAGAUAGCAGAGAAACCAGUGCUUGCUUCUGUGGCAGGCGUCACACGGCACCUGACAAAGCGGCUUCCCACAAAGUCAUCCCAGAAGGUAGAAGUAGAAACCUCAGGGAUUGGAGACUCAAUACUAAAUGUGAAAUGUGCAGCACAGACUUUGGAAAAAAGGGGUAAAGCUAAACCCAAAGUGAAUGUGAAGCCAUCUGUGGUUAAAGUUGUCUCAUCUCCCAAAUUGGCCCCAAAACGCAAGGCAGUGGAGGUCCACCCUGCUGUCAUUGCAGCUGUGAAGCCCCUCAGCUCCAGCAGUGUCCUGCAGGAAAGCCCGGCCAAAAAAGCAGCUGUGGCUGUUGUCCCACUCCUCUCUGAGGACAAAUCAGUCACUGUGCCCGAGACAGAAAAACCUAGAGACAGUCUUCUGCUGCCUCCAACCCAGUCCUCUUCAGAUCCCUCCCCACUGGAAGCAUCUGGCCCUUCCUCAUCCCAGAUGGCCACGAAAACUCGCCGACUCAGCUCUGCCUCAACAGGAAAACCCCCACUCUCUGUGGAGGAUGAUUUUGAGAAACUAAUAUGGGAGAUUUCAGGAGGCAAAUUAGAAGCUGAGAUCGACCUGGAUCCUGGGAAGGAUGAAGAUGACCUUCUGCUUGAGCUAUCAGAAAUGAUUGAUAGCUGAAGGUGAUAGUAGAACAUUUAAAACAAACAAAAACAAAAAACUCGCCAAAAAACUGGACUUAGUUUCAUCUAUUAUAAUAUUUACCCAAGAUGAUCAUUUCUUUAGUCUAGAAUUUGCCCCAAAUCAUAAGUAUACCUCUGAAUUACCUGUAUGUGUCUUGGAUUUCUUUGGGUCAGAUUUUUAAAGUCCCUUAAUAACCAUUUUGUCCAUUUGAUGCCAUUCUUUAGCAUCUUUGAGAAAGAAGUCUGUCUUACCCCUCUCUCCACAAAAAGACUGAGAGGGAGAUCCAAGUGAAAGGUUGCCAGAGAACCUAGUGACUCCUUGAGGUGUUUGUCAAUUUUGGCUUUUUUCUCCUUCGUUAUAUUAUUUAUGUAUUGUCUUAAUGUACGUAAUAUUACCUGAGUUUGAAAAGGAUGAAGACAGCUGCUACCAUUGAGGACCAAAUUUCAUGCUACCACUAAACAACAACAACAGAUCCACUCAGUCUGUGUUAAAUUGUAUGUCUUUUUAAAGGUAUUUGGAGAUUCAACUAAGCUUUAGAGAGGGCUGAGCAGCUCAGGAAGCCUGUAAUCUGGACAUAACUUUUUGGACCUGAUUUUCAUGCUUCUGCUGCUCUGUAAGCCUCUGAAGAGCAAUAGCUAAUUUAUUAUUACUGUAAUUUUUUAAGGCUUUAAAGUGCCUCAGGGGUCCUCUGAAACUAAUUUUCCAUUUCUGGGAUUCCCUGGAUUCUUAAUAAGAGAUGGUGACCUAAUGAUUAGAGGAAUUCUUUUUAAAUAUGAAAGUCGUCCCUUCUCUUCUUCAGUACUUGCCUCCUUAUCACAGGGAUAAAAAUUGGUUAAUUUUUAUUUCUAACUCUCCCUGCACACUCUUCUUGCCCAGUAUUUAUUUGAUGCCCUUUAAGCACAUGAGGGGAAAAAAAUGAACUUAUUCAAGCUGCCAAUAUUUAUCUAUGGACUGUAGCAGUACACUGAAUUGUACUGUAGUAGGGAUUAUUGAGAUGCUCUGGGGGUGUAUUGUAUACCUUCCAGUUUUCUUCAUUUCUGAAUUGAAUUUUCUUUUCUUGAUGUUAGUCUCCUUCAUAUCACCUCAAGGUUUAGACUUGUGAAGGAAUAAGUAUGAUGGGGAUAAUAGUCUUGAAAGGAGACAUAUUGUACAUAGCCGGAAGGAAGAGGAAAGAAGGACUUUUCCAUUUUUAUAUUUUGCUUUAGGUGGCCAGUUUUGUUUCUCAUAGGGAAAUCUGACCCACCUGUCAUGUUGGCUCCUAAGGAACUGCUGUUGUAAGCGGCUCAUCAAGAGUUGAACUUCAUGUAGCCUUUUUGGGAAUAUGGAAAAGGAAGAAAGCCACAGGACUGCCCAUUCAGUCUUGGAAAGAUCUGGAUGAUUCUGCACAAACAAAAAUGACUUGAAAUUUAUGUAUAGACGCCUCUCUACCAAUCCAUCUUCAGCUGACUGAGUGUUGUAUUAUAGCCCUUCUCCAAAGCAGGGGUGGAAUGUUCUGGUUUCACCACAGAUUUUCUACUUACUUCAUUUAUGGAAUUGGCUUAUAGAUUCCAGGUCCCUUUUGUAUAUAACCUUUAUUCUUUUGCUUUUUUAAAAAUAAUUUUGUUUGAUAUUUAAAGCUCUUGUAUUAGUCAAUGAUUCGUGUUCAGCAUUAUUUGAACCAUUUGCCAUUACAGAAAGAGAAAUACUUAUUUGUGUUUUAAAUAAAACUGGUGUAGGAAAGUC